GCCAAAAUGGCAGCAAAUUAAGAUUAGAUAUUUGAUGAACAAUCUUAGGAAGCAACAAUAAAUGAGGAAUACAAAAUAUGGAAAAAGAAUGCACCAUUUCUAUAUGAUUUGGCAAUUAGUCAUCCAGUAGAGUGGCCAUCUUUGACAGUGUAGUGGUUACCAAAGAAAGAAACACCACAAGGUUAAGAUUAUUCAAUUCAUAAAUUGAUUAUUGGAACAAAUACCGGGGAUAAUGAAAUGAAUUCAUUAAUGAUUGCUAAAGUAGAGUAACUUAAAAUAUAUUAGGUUCGAUUGCCAAAAGAUUCUGAUGUAUAAUAGGAUCCUUCAGAAUACAAAUAAAAUGAAUCUAGUGGAAUAGGCAAAGCAACAGGAGAAAGUAGAAUAGAAAUUGAUGUAAGAAUAAAUCAUGAAGGAGAAGUAAANAUUACAUUGAUAAACUAAAAAAUAAUUAACUUUAGAUUAUUAAGAAUAUGGAGUAAUACAAUCUUAAUUAUUAAAAUUGUAAUCAAAAUUUUUUAUUAUAUAAUUAUGUUUUAAUGUUAGAGUCUAAGUGAUGAUAGUAUCUUCAGGAUUAAUAAAUGA